AUGGCUGCUGCCAGCUGUCUGCUGACUGAGGAUCAGUUCCUGUGCUCCAUCUGUCUGGAUGUCUUCACUGAUCCAGUGACUUCACCCUGUGGACACAACUACUGUAAGAGCUGCAUCACCACAUACUGGAAUAUUAACGUCCAGUGCCAGUGUCCUGUCUGUAAGAGGAUUUACCACACGAGGCCUGAGCUGCAGGUCAACACCUUCAUCUCUGAGAUGGCUGCUCAGUUCAGACAGUCAGCUCAACACAAAGCUAUGCUGGACCACAAGACACAAGAUGCUCUGAAAGAAAGGACUAAAGGAAAGAAGUCAGAGCUGGUGAAGACCGAUGCUGAAAUCCAGCAGAUGAUCAAGAAGAGACGAGUGAAGAUUGAGGAGAUCCGACGCUCAGUGGAGCUCAGCAACAAAGCUGCAGACAGAGAGAUGGAAGAAGGUGUUCAGGUCUUCACUGCUCUGAAGGAGACUGUGGAGAGAAGCCAGGCUGAGCUCAUCAAGACCAUCACAGAGAAGCAGAGAGUGAAGGUAAACCAGGGUGCAGUUCUCAUAAAACAGCUGGAACAGGAAAUCUCUGCUCUGGAGAAGCAGACCGUUCCUUCAGUCGGUACCUCUCCAGCCACCAGAAACUGGACCGGCGCCCGCUUCCUUCCUGCUUCGUAUGAAGGAAGUGUGGUGAGAGCUGUGAGUCAGCUGGAGAAGGAGCUCAGCGAUUACAUGACAAGACUUUUUCAGGAUGAACUGAGGAGGGUCCAGAAAUAUGCAGUCAAUGUGACACUGGAUCCUGAUGUUGUUCAUCCCAAACGGGACAAACAUGCAGACAAUCGAAAUAUCUGUAGGUGUGUUUUGUCAAAGCAGGGCUUCUCCUCAGGAAGGUUUUACUUUGCAGUUACUACUUCCUCUACAUUUACUGUAGGUGUGACCACACAGUUGACCGACAACAGCAGUGAAAUCACACUGAGCCCCAGAAACGGUUACUGGACCCUGUCUAUGCAGUGGAAGCUGAUUGGACCUAACAAGUAUUUUGCAGCAGCCGACCAACCGGUGUGUCUCUCCCUGAAGUCGAAGCCCACGAAGGUGGGAGUGUUUGUGGACCAUGAGCAGGGCCUGGUCUCCUUCCACGACGUCACUACUGCAGCUCUGAUCUUCUGCUUCACUGGCUGCUGCUUCCCUGGGACAGUCUACCCAUUCUUCAGCCCCUGUGACAACAACGGAAUGAAAAUCCACACCAAGGAUGAGAGCUGUGUAUUACAAUAAGUAACCAUGUUCAACGAGAGCUCCUUUUGUUUUUCAUUAGAAUGUUGUGUAGUUCGUCUCACUUGCUUCUUGAGUUGAUAUUAUCUCUGUUAACUGGUUGCAUAUUGUCAUUAUAUGUUUCACCCAUUGUCUGGGUGGAAAAGUCAAACCUUUGCUGCUGUUUGGAUGACGCGCUGUUGAAUCGCUUUGGGGCUCCGGGGAUGUUAGGACCCACUCAUGUUAAACAGCUGACAGAUCAGCCUUGAGUCUCCAGCUCAGCAUCAGAGUGUGUCUGAGUCCAGUUCACAGCGCGCAGCUUAACCAGCAGGAUGCUAGCAAUGAUAGCAGUGUUUGACUAUGCUAACUGCUAACUGAAAUGUAAACAGUUUGAACAUUAAAUAGAUUUUAAUAAUGUGUGACAUUUUCUGGCUGAUUUUAAUAAUGUUUUAUGUUAUUGUCAUUUAUUAAUAGUAAUGAAUGCUGGAAAAAACAUAAUCUGAUCAAUCUUGAGUCUAGCUCAACACUCAACAUUUAAUCAUUUCUCAAUAAAAGACUGUAAAUCUAAACAUCACUAUGUAAAUACAAUGUAUACGUUUAACAAUGUUUCUAAAAUGUACAGUAGGACUGUGUGACGUCAUCACAAUGUAACUGAAAAUAUGUGCAUGAGAAAUGUGGCAAACUAGUUAAUAAAACUCACAUUAGGUAA